GAAAUCACACUCGGGUGUGUUGUGUACUCCUGUGUUUCACUGAUAAUGAAUAUUCUAAUGACUCUACAUUCACUCAUAUGAUGUGAAUUAGCAUAGGAGAGCCUCACACUGGUGCUUGUGAGAACUCCAGUCACUGAUGCCAAGCUCCAUUUCCAUCCCUUUCCAUCUCCUCCCAUUUCCUCUCAACCCCUCCCUACUAGUGCGUUGCAACAUCUUCAGACGCAAAGAACUGCACCCAACCAACGGUGCCUCCCGAAGCUGCAACCUGCAGUCCAGGGCACAGACAGAGUUGCUAGAAGACCAGCAGCGGCGGCAGCAGCAGCAUCACUACUAGGUGUAUCGUUAUGGCCAAGAGUCGCAGGGAUAGAAACAGCUGGGGUGGGUUCACAGAAAAAGCAUAUGAGUGGAGCUCAGAAGAAGAGGAUGCCUUGAAAAAGGCAGGGCCAGUUCAGGUUCUCAUCAUGAAAGAUGAUCACUCCUUCGAAUUGGAUGAAAUUGCACUUAAUCGUAUCCUUCUGUCAGAAGCUGUCAGGGAUAAAGAAGUUGUUGCUGUUUCUGUGGCUGGAGCAUUUAGAAAAGGAAAAUCAUUUCUCAUGGACUUCAUGUUGAGAUAUAUGUACAACCAGGUAUCUAUUGAUUGGGUUGGAGAUUACGAUGAACCACUGACUGGUUUUUCUUGGAGGGGUGGAUCAGAACGAGAGACCACAGGAAUUCAGAUAUGGAGUGAAGUCUUCCUAAUUAACAAACCCGAUGGCAAAAAGGUUGCAGUAUUAUUAAUGGACACUCAGGGGACAUUUGAUAGUCAAUCAACUCUAAGGGAUUCAGCCACAGUAUUUGCCCUUAGCACUAUGAUCAGCUCAAUACAGGUAUACAACUUAUCUCAGAAUGUCCAGGAAGACGACCUUCAGCACUUACAGCUUUUCACUGAGUAUGGCAGACUGGCCAUGGAAGAAACAUUUCUAAAGCCAUUUCAGUCCUUAAUAUUCCUUGUCCGAGACUGGAGUUUCCCAUAUGAAUUUUCCUAUGGAGCUGAUGGUGGUGCCAAAUUUUUGGAAAAACGACUUAAGGUCUCAGGGAACCAGCAUGAAGAACUUCAGAACGUACGAAAGCAUAUCCAUUCCUGUUUCACCAACAUAUCCUGUUUUCUACUACCUCACCCUGGCCUAAAAGUUGCCACAAAUCCAAAUUUCAAUGGAAAACUCAAAGAAAUAGAUGAUGAAUUCAUUAAGAACCUGAAAAUUUUGAUCCCUUGGCUACUUAGCCCUGAGAACCUAGAUGUUAAAGAAAUCAAUGGAAAUAAAAUCACCUGCCGAGGUCUAGUGGAAUACUUCAAGGCAUAUAUAAAGAUCUAUCAAGGAGAAGAAUUACCCCAUCCCAAAUCAAUGUUGCAGGCCACAGCUGAAGCUAACAAUUUAGCAGCCGUUGCAACUGCCAAGGAUACAUAUAACAAAAGAAUGGAAGAGAUUUGUGGGGGUGACAAACCAUUUCUAGCACCCACUGACUUGCAGAACAAACACCUCGAGCUCAAGGAGGAAUCAAUUAAGCUGUUCCGUGGGGUCAAAAAGAUGGGUGGAGAGGAAUUUAGCCGCCGUUACUUGCAACAACUGGAGAGUGAAAUAGAUGAGCUAUACAUACAAUAUAUCAAACAUAAUGACAGCAAGAACAUCUUCCAUGCAGCACGCACCCCAGCCACAUUGUUUGUGGUCAUUUUCAUCACCUAUGUCAUUGCUGGUGUGACUGGAUUCAUUGGUUUGGAUAUUAUAGCCAGCCUUUGCAACAUGAUCAUGGGACUGACCCUUAUCACUCUCUGUACCUGGGCAUACAUCCGAUAUUCUGGGGAAUACCGAGAAUUGGGAGCAGUAAUAGACCAGGUGGCUGCUGCCUUGUGGGACCAGGCUUUAUAUAAACUCUACAGUGCAGCAUCAACCCACAGACAUUUGUAUCAUCAUGCUUUUCCUGCAUCAAAAUCAAACUCUACUGAAGAAUCAAAAUGCAAGAAAAUGUAAUCCACAUUUUUAAAAUAGGUGCAUGAACAUCUAUCCAUUAAAUCAUCAGUUACAUGCAUCCAUGUACAUAUUUUAAAGUAUUUAAGAUUAAAACAAAAGGUUGAAAACUGUCUGUUUACUUUUUAAGUAUUUAAUAAGCAAAUAAAGCAUGGUUUCCCAAUUUUUCUGUGACAUAUUGUUAUGUUAAUAUUAAAAUGUAUUCUCUUAUUUAUUAAUAUAAUACAUUUGUUCCACUUGAAUUUACUAACUAAUACUACUGGCUUAUAAUUAAUUUAAAUGUGUAAUGGUAUUCCUACAAGUUUCUAUAUGCUAACUUGGCUUCUGAAGAAAUAAACUAAAAAUCAUUCAUAUAAGUAUUUGUAUAAGCAUAGUAUGGUAAUACAAUGCUUGAUUCAUACUAUAUCAUCUUAUAUGUACUAUGAACUCUUAGUUAUUUUAAGUACACUUGAUAGAACCUUUUCAUUUGCUGUGUCAAUAACUAAAAGUUUUUUCUCUAUCAUGAUUAAAGCAGUGCUUCUUUUUGUCAUAAAUGAACAAAAAAGAAUUUUGCAUACACAUUCAAAAGUUUCACUGUCCUGUAUUCUUUUUUCCAUUUAGAAUAUGUAAAAUGUAUUUCUUACAGGUUUAUUCUUUGACCAGGUUGAACUAUUAUUAAAGUUCACUUUCCUGAGAGAUUGAUUAUAAGUCACGAGAGCACUUGAGAGGUUUGAAGAAAGUUUGAUAAGGGUUAUCACAAUUUGUAAAAUACCACUAUAUUUUCACAAAAACUGGAUUUGUUAAAAAUAUACUUUGAGCUUUUAAGAAAUGUAGACACUUCCUUCUAUAUCUAAAGAUGCCAAAUUAUACUUCAAUAUUGCCUAAUUUCUUUAAAGAAAAAGGAAAGGAAAAAAGCUCUAAUCCUAAUUAGAACAAUAUCAGUGGAAAAAGAGAAUUUGUCCACUAUGUAGAGGUUUAAGGUUUGUAUAUCUAGCAUGUACUAUCUAUUAUACAUUGAUGACAGUUGAAAAGUACAAUAGUAUUAUAAUUUUCACUCUGUCAGUGAUAUUUCUGAUCAUUUCAACUACUCUCCGCUAUUGUUUUAGUAGUAAAUUAAAUGACAUGAACCUCAGCAAACAAACUUAAAUUCCAUAAAACUAUAAUUAAGAAGCUUAUCAUAAAAUGAAAAACCUGUAAGCAUUAAUGACAUUUUAGUAAUAUUACAGGCUCACUAACACUCUACUCUAUGGUAUUAUUAAUGCAAAUAUAAGUGAUAAAACAUACUCUGAAAAAAACAAAAAUUUUAAAUUUAUUGACUUCUUAGGAUUUGUAAGGAGAUGUAACAUGAAAUCCUUUUAAGUAUUGCACUAAACAAGAUCCUAAACAUUUAGACAACUUAUGGAACCAAUGAAAAAUAAUUUAGAAGAGUGGUUAUAUAACCUAAAAGAUUUAUAAAAAGAAAAAACUUACAACAUGGAAAAAUGUCAAAUCAUUUUGAAAAGAGGUUUCUUGCUGAAUCCCUGAUUUUUAGCUUGACAGUUUAAAUUAACCUCGCAACAUGUCAGGAUAUCAGUCUAUUGUAUGCUGACAAAAAAGACGACACGGUCUACAUUAAGCUAAAUUGUGUUUCUCCAACAUUGUACUAAGAUCAGUAAAAGUUAUGGGUCUUAGAAUUCAUCUAGUCCAAGCCCAUCUUUUUAUAGAUGUGGAAAGGAAGUCCAGAGAAGUCAAAUGUCUUGCCCAAGGUCACACUGGUAACAAAUUGCAAAGACAAGAUUGAUACUCAGAUCCUCUUUCCUAUCUAUGUACACUGUCUCCCUGAAGUAGGCUUGUGCCUCAGGACACUAAGUACUGUGAGAUUCAUUCAAGUCCCUGUCCCUCUUAUGCUAAAGAAUGUUUUUUGCAAGUAAACUAAAAAUGUCUUUAAAUAAAUCUUUCUUUA